CUCUAUCAUAAAUACCACUCUGGUGUCUGCACUCUGCUGCAUAAAUACUACCCUUUUGCAGCAUCAUCACUCUGAUGAGUGCAAUGGGUAGAAUGGGAAAAGGGUAUGCUCUAUGGCUCCUCUUCAUCACUCAAAUCUUCAUCUUGGUACAUUUUUCUGCAUGCAAAGUUCCUGCAGUUAUAGUUUUUGGAGACUCCUCAGUGGAUUCGGGUAACAACAACUUCAUUCCCACCGUUGCUAGGAGCAACUUUGAGCCAUAUGGAAGAGACUUCUUCAAUGGCGACCCUACUGGAAGGUUCUCCAAUGGCAGAAUCCCUCCUGAUUUUGUCUCUGAGGCCUUUGGAAUCAAGCUUUCAGUUCCUGCAUACUUGGAUCCUGCUUAUACCAUAUCAGAUUUUGCAACUGGUGUGUGCUUCGCUUCUGCAGGAACUGGUUAUGACAAUGCUACUUCAAAUGUUGCCCGUGUGAUACCUCUAUGGAAAGAAGUAGAGUACUACAAGGAGUACCAAGAGAAGUUGAGGGCACAUCUUGGUGAGGAGAAUGCUAAUGAAAUACUAAGUGAGGCAUUGUAUUUGGUUAGCAUAGGAACCAAUGAUUUCCUUGAAAACUACUAUGCCCUAACUGAAAGAAGGUGUGAGUUCCCCAGUGUUCAGGAGUAUGAGGACUUUCUCAUAGGCCUUGCUGAAAACUUCUUCACACAAAUUUAUGGCCUUGGAGCAAGGAAAAUUUCUCUCACUGGGUUACCUCCUAUGGGGUGUCUUCCACUAGAGAGAGCAAUGAACGUUUUGGAGUUCCAUAAUUGUGUGGAGGAAUACAACAAUUUGGCUUUGGAGUUCAAUGGAAAGUUGGGGUGGCUUGUGUCAAAGCUCAACAAUGACCUACCUGGCCUUCAAAUGGUAGAUGCAAAUGUCUAUGAUAUCUUCCUCCAAAUCGUUAAAAAUCCUUCUGCUUUUGGUUUUGAGGAAGCAAAAACGGGAUGUUGUGGAACAGGGAGAUUUGAGAUGGGUUUUCUAUGUGACCCAAAAUUUACAUGCCAAGAUGCAAAUAAAUAUGUAUUUUGGGAUGCAUUCCACCCCUCACAAAAAACAAGUCAAAUAAUCUCAAACUAUUUGAUAGAAAAACAUCUAGCAAUGUUUCUUUGAUUAUUGAACGACACAAGAGGAGUUUAGAUUCUGUGUGAUUUACCA